AUGGCGCCGGAGGUGUUCAAGAGGGUGGAUGGCAAGGCCGCCGUAGCUGCGCAGCCUAACUCCGAGGAGGAGAGGACCAAGGCCCUGCAGGCGCUGCUCUCCUGUCCAACAUCCUCAAUUCACACUGAAAAACCUCCAAAAGACAUGCUUAAAGUGCAAAACAUGUUUCCUCUUCCAAUCGACGACAAUCUACUCCCAGGCAUUUAUCUCUGUGGGUACAAUUCUGAAGACUCGUAUGGGGCAACAUCGUACCUGGUAAUUCAUCCACAAGGAAACAUACUGAUUGACAGCCCAAGGUAUACUCCAAAGCUGGCCAACAAUAUUGAAAAGCUUGGUGGAGCGCUGCUACAUGUUUUUGACCCACAUGUGGAGGAGACUACUGCAGAUGUUGAGUGGAAACUUGAAGGAAAUGGGCCAUGGAACAUAGGAACAGAUUUUGAACUUAUCCAUACGCCAGGCCAUACCCCAGGUUCGGUCUGCUUGUAUUGCAAACCGCUAAAGGUGCUGUUCACUGGAGACCAUGUUGCAAACUCAGAAGAAUCAGACGACCUGAAUCUCUUUCUGAUGUACAGCAAGCAGUCAGUGAGCCUUCAGCUGGAAAGCAUCAGGAAACUAUUGGAGGUAGAGUUCGAGUGGCUUUUACCUGGGCAUGGCUAUCGAAUCAAGUACAAAGAUGUGCAGGCCAAGAAUGCAGCCAUAGAGUCCCUCCUAGCAAACUACACAAGCUAG